AUGCCGACGCCGACACGCAUCUUAUUGCUGCUUGCAGCGGCGGCUGCCACUCUCUUCUUUCUCUUCUGGCGACCAAGCCCACCGCCACCAUCGGACACGGCGCCGUCACCGGGCGGGGAGGCGUUCCGCCAACGCUUGGUCGCCAUCGGCGACCUGCACGGGGACAUUAACAAUGCGAAACGCGUCCUCCGGAUGGCCGGGCUCACGGACAAGACUGACCACUGGGCCGGCGGUAACGACAUCUUUAUCUACGAGCUCUGGUAUCGGCUGCGCGGGGAGGCUUCCGCCGUCGGCGGCCGCGUUAUCAACCUCCUCGGUAACCACGAGGUCAUGAACGCCAUCGGGGACUGGCGCUACGUCACCCAGGCGGACAUCAAGCACUGGGGUGGGGUGGAGAACCGGCAGCAUGAGCUGUCCAAGGAGGGGUGGCUGGGCAAGGACUGGCUGGCCAACUACUCGAUCUCGGCCCUCGUUCCCCUCUCGCCGUUCCCCUCGGCGCCGACCCUCUCCUUCCAGCACGGCUCGCUGCGGCCCUCGUUCCCGAACCUGACACCGUACCCCGACGCAAUCAACCGGUUGGGCCACUCGCUCCUCACGCGUGCGCUCACCCCGCCACUUGCGAAGCCGUACCCGCCGAACCCGUACUCUGGCCUCCCGGCCGGCACAACGCGCGAAGAGGCCGAGCUGUACGACGGCGGCGGACCGCUCUGGUGGCGCGGGCUCGCUGAUGUCGAGGACGACCGCAUCGUGUGCGGCUGGGCCAAGGAGCUCCAGGAGAAGAUUGGAGUGCGGAGAGUCAUUGGCGGCCACACACCCGACUUUGACAAGAUUGUGCACCGCUGCAAUGCGUCGGUGAUCAUCAUUGAUACAGGCAUCUCGUACGCGUACGGCGGCGUCCUCUCCGCCCUCGAGAUCAUCUACACUCUCACCCCUGUCCCCAAGGACGACGCGCACCGCCAGGACCCGUUUGUCGCGCCUGGCAACGGCACCGACGCGCCUCACGUUCUGCGUGCGGGCGAGAAGUACAUUGAGCGCGAGGAGGUCAACGCCAUCUACCAGACUGGCAAGAAGCGUAUCGCGCUCGAAGUGCGACAGAUUGUGCUAUAA